AUGCCUGCCCGCCCGUCCCGGGGACGCUCGGCGGACACCUGCCCGCCCGUCCCGGGAUGCUCGGCGGGCGCCUGCCGCCCGUCCCGGGACGCUCGGCGGACGCCUGCCCGCCCAUCCCGGGACAUUCGGCGGACGCCGCCCGCCCGUCCCGGGACGCUCUGCGGACGCCUUCCCGCCCGUCCCGGGACGCUCGGCGGGCGCCUGCACGUCCGUCCCGGGACGCUCGGCGGUGCCUGCCCGCCCGUCCCGGGACGCUCGGCGGGAGGCUGCCCCCCGCCUGCGUCCCGGACACUCGGCUGGGCGCCAGCCCGCCCACGCCUGCCCGCCCGUCCCGGGACAAUCGGCGGACGCCUGCCCGCCGUCCCGGGACGCUCGGCGGGCGCCGCUGCCCACCCUUCCCGGGACGCUCGGCGGGCGCCUGCCCGCCCGUCCCUGAACGCUCGGGGACCCUUGGCGGGGCUGCCCGCAACCCGCCCGUCCCGGGACCCUCGGCGGACGCCUUGCCCGCCCGUCCGGACGCUCGGCGGACGCCUGCCCGCCCGUCCCGGGACUCUCGGCGGACGCCUGCUGACCGUCCCCGGGACGCUCGGACGGGAGCGCCUGCCCGGCCCGUUCCCGGGACGCUCGGCGACGCCGUUCCCGCCCCUUCCCGGACGUUCGGUGGACGCCUGCCCGCCCGUCCCGGGACGCUUGGCGGGCGCCUGCCCGCCCGUCCCGGGACGCUCGGGACCCUCAGCGGGCCGCCUGCCUGCCCUCCCUGGACCCUCGGCGGACGCCUGCCCGCCCGUCCCGGGACGCUCGGCGGACGCCUGCCCGCCCGUCCCGGGAUGCUCGGCGGACGCCUGCCCGCCCGUCACGGGACGCUCGGGACCCUCGGCGGGCGCCUGCCUGCCCGACCCUGGACCCUCGGCGACGCCUGCCUCUAGGCCUAGUGCCAUGAAGAGGCCAGUUUUAGUGAUGAUAAAAAUGUUGAUGGCCCUGACUGUGUUCACAGCGCAUGAUGACGAUGGUGAAAGUGGUGGUGACAGAGCUGUUAAUGAUGCCCUGCCAGUUUCUCUCUCAGGUGUUAAUGUGACCUCAGGGCAUAUAGAUGUCAAACAGCCCGUGCCUCCACAAGAAGGAAGUGGUGGAUAUUCUGCUCCCAUCCCUCGUGAAAGGGAUAGGAUGGGGCUCUGUCAUAUAGCUCACCGCAUCUCGUCCUUGAUCCAGCAGGUGAUGACCGUAUCCCUCUACCCACAGCUGCCCAUGGAUCCUGGCACAGGGAGACCGCGAAAGAAAAACCACAUGGAGCUUCCUGAUGUGCCGGAUGGCGAACAGAUCCUCGACUGGUCGCCCCCACAGACUGAGAUCAGUGUAUGCUAUGUCAGAGGUACACCUCCGAGAUGCUACACUGUCCAGCUGAAUCAAAGUGUAUCACCAGUUGUUCUGGGUACUAUACUCUUGCAGACAAACUCUUCGCCUUCAGCAAGGUCAGAUGUCUGCUAA